UGUAGGGUUUAGUGUUCUCUCUCUCUCUCUCUGUCUCUCUCUCUCUCUAUCUCUAUCUCUCUCUCAUUCUCAUCUCUUCGGGGCCAAAAGCUAAUGCGGAAACAGAGACGGGCGGGGAGAGACUGAGCUGCGGCGCUCUAAAUCUGUCUUGUUGAGAGACACCAUCUGAGGUCUUCCAUCCAUUGAAGUUCACAGCUUUAAUGGCCGAGAGCUUGAUCGGCAGUGCAGCAAUGAAGAAACCGGGAGACGGGUUCGCGGUUCCCGUGUCUUCGUCCUCGAAUGGAUCUCUGUUUCAGAGGAGGAUCGAGUUUCAUCCGGCGAAGAAACCCUUCUCCGGAUUUAGUACUGGAAAUGGCGAUUUUCACUUGGAGACGUUGAAUCCCAGCUCCGAUUCGCAGAGAACCGCCGCCACCGCAAACGGGGGCACGUCGGUAUCGAAGGGGAAGAAAUCGGAGAGCGUUGAUUUUUUCGAACACGAGUUGGAUCCGGAGCUCAGUUUCGGGAUUACGUUUAAGAGAAUUGGUGCUGGUUUGGAAAAUCUUGGAAAUACUUGUUUCUUGAACUCGGUGUUGCAAUGCUUGACAUACACAGAGCCUUUUGCGGCAUACUUGCAAAGUGGAAAGCAUCAAACUUCUUGUCGCACUGCUGGAUUUUGUGCCAUGUGUGCCAUCCAGAAUCAUGUCAGGCGUGCUCUUCAAUCAACUGGGAGAAUAUUAGCACCUAAAGAUCUUGUCAUGAACCUGCGAUGCAUAUCCAGGAAUUUCCGCAAUGCUCGACAGGAGGAUGCUCAUGAAUACAUGGUUAACUUGCUGGAAUCAAUGCACAAGUGUUGCUUACCUUCUGGGGUGCCAAGCGAAUCUCCUAGUGCUUAUGAAAAAAGUUUGGUCCAUAAAAUUUUUGGUGGUAGUCUCAGGAGUCAGGUUAAAUGCAUGCAGUGUUCCUAUUGCUCCAACAAAUUUGAUCCUUUCUUGGAUUUAAGUCUUGAAAUAAACAAGGCGGAUUCCUUGCGCAAGGCACUUACACACUUCACUGCUGUAGAGCAAUUAGAUGGAGGAGAGAAGCAAUAUCAGUGUCAACGCUGCAAGCAGAAAGUUAGGGCCCUCAAACAACUCACAGUUCACAAGGCCCCUUAUGUUCUCACCAUACAUCUAAAGCGGUUUGGUUCACAUGUUCCUGGGCAAAAGAUUGACAAAAGAGUUGAGUUUGGUCCUAGUUUGGACUUGAAACCCUUUGUCAGUGGUUCCUAUGAAGGAGAUCUAAAAUACACCCUUUAUGGGGUCCUGGUUCAUGCCGGAUGGAGUACCCAUUCUGGCCACUACUAUUGCUUUGUUCGCACAUCAAGUGGAAUGUGGCACUCUCUUGAUGACAACCGGGUUGUCCAAGUUAGUGAAAGGACUGUUUUGGAACAGAAGGCCUAUAUGUUGUUCUAUGUGCGCGAUAGGAAAUCUGUUGCCCCCAAAAAACCAGUUGCUGUUUUACCCAAGGAAAACACAGUAGGAAAUGCCAUGCAAAACAAGGAAUGUGGCAUUUCUGUCCAUGGUCCAAAAGAAAAGGCCCAAAAUGGUUUGGUUGAGAGCAGAUUAUCCUUUUCAGAUUGUUCCAGAGCUGUUUCUCAAGGACAGGCAUUAUGUCCAACAAAGGAGCCCUUAGUAAAAGAAACUUCAGUUCUGAAAUCUAAUGGUUUUAUCACAAAGGCAGCAAAAGGCCCAUCUCUAUCUAAGGUUGCUCCAUCAAAACCUUCAUUGAAGGAGCCUCAUUUGAAGGACCUGGCACAGGGGCAGCUUGGAGCAGAAGUAUCCCCACAAUCAACUCCAUCAUUAGCAAAUGGCAGUCGCAAUGCUUCUAAUCUGAAUGAUGUCAGGAUUGCAUCUAUUGGUGCUAAGCAUAACCCUGUAAAUAUGUGCGACGGAUCAAAGAAAGAUUUGAAUCACAAUGCUGGAAUAGUGAAUGAAGGAUCAAAAUUUGAUUUGAGCAUCCCAGUUGCUACACAACCUGAUUGCACUGUGCUCCAAAACUCUGGUUGUGAGAAGCUUAUCAAAUCUAACCUGCCACAUGAGAAUGGUUAUGUGGGAGCACCUCAGGAGGUAAUAUCAAAUAGGAUCAUUGAUGAACAAUCUAAGGAAAAUUUUACACCAAGGCUGUCAAAGGAAUCAAAUGUUAAAAUUGAUCAGAAUGGAUGUGGGGAUUACACAAUUGGUAUUUCAUGCCCCAAGGUAGGGGAGGGUGAUAGAAGAUCAACUGAAAAUGGGUCAGUUGAAAUAUCAAGGCAGGUAAGUAUGGAUGGUAUGUCUGGUCAUGUAGAGGCUUCUGAUCUUAGGCAUAACCAGAAAAAGCUUAAAUCAAUGAAGAAACUUUUGAAAUGUCGGGUGGCUGGCAUGCAUCUCAGUUCUAGUAUAAUGUUCAGAAAAUCCUUAAGUUUGCGGAAGAAAAAAUAUAAAAAGAGCAAACAUCGCAAGCUAGAACUAAAGGGUUUCACUCGGAAAGACUUGGAGGAAAAUGGCAUGUCAAGAGGUUUUGGGCCGUCAACAUCAGAGCAAACUAGGAUGGUCGCCCUUGAUGCAACUCACUCUCGAAAACAGCGGGCCAGGUCUGUUAUGAAAGAAGGAAAUAUUAAUAUGGCUGCAAAGGGUGCAAAAGGUUCCAAACGUUAUUCCUUUAAUAACACUGUAGAUGAAGAUUUCGUACAGAGAAUUAGUAACAAUAGUGCUGUGCUUGCAACCAAUGAACUAUCAGAAAAGAGUUUGCACUCGAAUUCUGUGGCAAACCACUAUGAUGCUAGAGAACCUGAUAAAUUGCAUGACAAGAAAAGAGGUUCUUCUCAGAAUGGAUUGAUUGGCAUGCUUAUGAGAGGUGCGGAAACCACUGUUGCACGUUGGGAUGGGGUAGAACUGCCAGAUCAGAUUUUAGAAUCUAGUAUUGCACAAAGCACCAGCAUUGGUUAUGUGGCAGAUGAAUGGGAUGAAGAAUAUGACCGUGGAAAGAGGAAAAAGGUGAAGCACCAAAACAACUGCUUUGGUGGACCAAACCUCUUCCAGGAAAUUGCAACUAUGAAGGCACAAAUGAAGAAGUCAAAGAUGGACCAGACAAGCUCCGGAAACCGACCCUUCAGGAUAUGAAGAUGGAAGUGCAACAUUGUUAGAGCAAGCAGGUUUUUCUGGCCUGCUGCUAUGUUUUUGAUAAUCUAUGUAACGAUUGUUGUUGAGUGGAGAUUUGUAACAGCUAGAAGCCUCGAGUAACCUUGGCUCCUUGCUGUGCUGGGCGGUUAGUUCCUUUUCUUUUUUGUUUGAAUUCUUUGGUGAGGCAUUGCAGACUGUUGAGAGGAGGGACCAUUACUUUGUGGGGGUAGUAUUAUUAUGUCUGAAAAAGAUAUAAAUUGAGAGUUCUCCAGUGCUGCUUCAGAGCUCUCAAUAUGUAAGGUAUGAAAUGUUUCCCACAUUAGCAUUCAUUAAAAAAAAUGUUUCCCAUAUUAGAACC